CCGCUGGCAUGACACGGCCCAUCCCUCAUGUCUUGUCUCAACAUCUGUACUCCGUAUAUAGUUAUAUAUCCUUCACCACCAACCCUCAUGGCUCUCCUUCUUCUUCUCUAUCAUUUCCCCCCUUAUAUCCCCCAUUAGCCCUCCUUGCCAGUUGGGCUGCCCCAUUCCAUUGAAAACACAGUCCUUUAUAAUACUCAUGCCAGCCUGACAUGAGCCAAGUUAUCGUCAACCACCAAACGCGCGCAGAGAUCACCAAGAUCCAAACAAAGGGCUUGACCCUCUUUGACACUCUAUACAAUUCUCUCGUCCUUCGUCACACCCUUCCUUACCUCCCCGUAUCAGGCCUUUUAAACCUCGCCGCAACCUGUCGCGAUAUACGUUAUCUCCUCCACGAAACACCCGGUGUCUUUCGUCAUAUUGAUCUUACACGGGUCAAGACAGCGCAUUGUGAAGACGCCCAUAAAGAAACAGAGCGCAAUCUUGCAGUUUGGCACAAUGUCACUCUUUCUGAUUACCUGACUGAAGAUGACUUCUAUGCCGGGCCCUUGAGGGGCAUUUUCACUACCCUACGACAACGCGAUAUUCUUCGUGAUGUUCAAUCUCUAAUCCUCGACGGCCUCUCAGUCACAGCUGAGCUGUGCCAUGAUAUCAUCAACGAUCCGUCAUACAGCGUGCGCAUGCUCUCGAUCCGCGGCGUCAAUAACUUGAACCAUGGCAAGCUUCGCGCUGCGCUAGCAUACGCCUGUCGCAGUUCGCGCCCAGAGAACACCCCACGACUCAAAGCAAUCUACGUCUUUGGCCCCAUGCCCUGCGAUGAAAAUGCACAGCAAAACGACUCCGACGCCUGGUGGUCCAAAAAGGGUCGUGUCCUCAACAGCACCAGCGACAUGGACGACUGGGCCCAAUGUCUGCUCGCCUGCCAAAGCCUAAUCUCCUUCGACACAGUGCUCUGCCAAGGUCCUCGCCACGCCAGCUCACCAGCCUUUGGGUCCUGCAGCGUCUCCUCGCCCUGCAACCCAGCCGUAGCAACCUUCUCCGUGGGCGGCUGCGCAGGCUGUGGCAAAGCGCCCGAGGGUGUCAUGACGGCCAAGACGCACUGCUCUUCGCUACCUCUACUAGCUCCGCCGCCGAUCCUCUCGUCAUCCGUGCAGGCUGCCACGACACCGCGCCCGGGACAUGAGGAUUUCGUGCCGAGGUGUGCUGAUUGUUUGAGGGAUAGGUUUUGUGUUGCUUGUAAUAAGUGGUGGUGUGAGACGUGUUAUCACCCUUUUGGGGGUGAUGAUACGAAGAGACAUGUUUCGCGAAGCUGCUGGGAAUGCGGCAUCAAUUGUAACGAUUGUAUUGAACGCACGCAAAAGUUUUGCAAAAAGUGCGGCGGCGGAUACUGUCUCAUUCACAAUGAAGGAUCAUCAAGCGCCUUUUGCGACUGUAUGUCAUUCCACUCUUCACUGUCUUAAAUCUAUCUAACUUGCUUCACAGGGUGUUUCUGUCGAGGUCGUGGUCUCAGACGAGUCUGAUGCACCACGUAUUUGACAUGUGUCAGUCAAGGUGGAAUGCAACCUCACAUCUGAUCAUGGUACAGUAAAUGACUUGGCGCAUUUGACAAGGUCCCUGGGAUAUGAAAUGGAGUCCCUUUGGAAAGUGGACUGAGCGAGGCGUCAUG